AGGGUAGCGUCACCUCUUCGUGAAGUUUCCGGCCUGGAUAUAUUUGUAUGUUUCCCUGGACGAUCGUAUGCCUCUUUGUCGCGACAGCGCUUGCAGCAGCCGGUGACAACUUGAGUCCUCGAGCCCGACGCCGGAGGGCGAGAUGAACGCGCUGAUCUCCCGAGCCGUCCGAACCUGCGAUCGCUUGUGGCAACCUCAGCCGGCGCUCCUGCCUCCGGGUUGACGCGCAGUCCAGAGCUGCCCAGACAGAUGGCUCCAGGCCAAAUGUCCCAUCAGCCUGCCCCCUGGAGAGGUACCCACCCCUUCUUCCUCCUGUCCCCACUGAUGGGCCUUCUCAGCCGGGCCUGGAGCCUCCUGAAGGCCCCAGGACCUCCAGAGCCCUGGCUAGUGGAAGCAGUAACCGAAGCAGAUCAGGGAGGAGCUGGCCUGGAGGACGAAGCAAAGGCUUCUCUGGCCACCUACCAUGCCCUCUGGGGCAGGCACCCUCAAGAGGAGACCAAAGACAGUGGAGUGGCUGAGGAGGACCGAGAAGCCCCCCCGGGGGCCUGCCCCAACCUGGAAGCCAAGCAUUCUCUUCCCGAAAUCUGGGGACUUUCAGAUGAUGAUGAUGAAAAGUAUGGUGGGGAAGAAGCAACUGGUGUCCCUAGAGAGCAGAAAGAAUUUAUGGAUGGCCAGCCUGCUCCCCUGCCCCUCAGUCUUCUGAUAAGAUCUCUGCCAGACCUUCCUGGGGAGGAGGAAUCUAAGGAAGAAGCAGUUACUGGAGGUAAUGAAGUGACCGCGUUCUCUUUUCCUCUGUCACACUGGGAGUGUUGCCCAGGGGAGGAAGAAGAAGAGGAGGAGGAGGAUGGAGAAGCUGUUAGGGUGUGCCGCCCGGUGAAUGGAGCCACAGAAGAAAGAACAGAGACUGAAGCAGCCAUGAAGACCUCCAUGUCCCCCUCAUCUGUAGACUCCCACCUCAGGGCCUGGGAAUGUUGUUCAGGAAAGGAGUCUGAGGAGGAGGAGAAGGACAAACAGGCUGAGAAAGGAGAUGCUGACCCAGGGCCACACUCCACAAGUCUAGCCCAGAGGCCCUCCCUCAGGACCUGGCAGCAUCCAUCCAGUGCGAUCACAGAGGAGGAGGAAGACCGCGAUUCAGAGGAAAUGGGGGUUUCCUCUUCCGUCCCACUCACAAGUGCCUUCCUGAGUGACUGGGUGUAUCGACCAGGAGAAGACACGGAGGAGGAGGAGGAUGAAGACGAGGAGGACUGUGAUUCAGAAGCAACUGAAGAUGAAGGAGAAGCCGAGGACUCCUCUGCCACCCUACCAACAAGUGCCUUCCUGAGUGCCUGGGUGUAUCGACCAGGAGAAGACACAGAGGAAGAGGAGGACUGUGAUUCAGAAGCAACUGAAGAUGAGGGAGAAGCCGAGGUCUCCUCUGCCACCCUACCGACAAGUGCCUUCCUGAGUGCCUCGGUAUAUCGACCAGGAGACACAGAGGAAGAGGAGGACUGUGAUUCAACUGAAGAUGAGGGAGAAGCCGAGGUCUCCUCUUCCAUCUCUCUGACAAGUGCCUUCCUGAGUGCCUGGGUAUAUCAACCAGGAGACACAGAGGAAGAGGAGGACUGUGAUUCAGAAGCAACUGAAGAUGAGGGAGAAGCCGAGGUCUCCUCUGCCACCCCACCCACCAGUGCCUUCCUGAGCGCCUGGGUGUAUCGACCAGGAGAAGACACGGAGGAAGAAGAUGAGUAUGAGGACGAAGAUGAUGAAUCAGGAGCAGCUGACUUGGGGCCCAGCCCCUCCCUUCAGACUCAGAGUGCCCUCCUCAGGGACCAGAUUUAUCAGCCUGGAGAGAAAACAGACGGAGGAGAAGCUGCUGAGAAGUGGGGAGAAGCUGAGCCCUGCCCCUUCCGAGUGGCCAUCUAUCUACCUGGAGAGAAGCCCCCACCUCCCUGGGCUCCUCCUCGGUUGCCCCUCCGACUGCAAAGACGGCUCAAGUCUGCACAAACCCCCACCAGGCAUCCGGACCUUGAACCUCUCCCGAAGACCAGAAAGGUGCGCUUCUCUGAGAAGGUCUCCAUCCAUCCCCUGGUUGUCUGGGCAGGACCGGCCCAGGCCGCCCGCAGAGGCCCCUGGGAGCAGUUUGCCCGGGAUCGAAGCCGCUUCGCCCGACGCAUCGCCCAGGUCCAAGAGGAGCUGGGUCCCUACCUCACCCCUGCUGCCCGGGCCAGGGCCUGGGCACGUCUCGGGAACCCUCCCACUUCCCUGGCCACUGUCCCUGCCCCUACCCGGACCUCACCGACGUCUCCCAUCCAGGCCACACCCUUGAGCCACUCUCUGGCCUCUCCCUCCCCUCCCUGUGUGUCUCCUAGCCUAGACCUCAGUGGGAGGCGUGGCUAAUGUGAAGUAGUUUUUGUGUUAACUAUUUAUUUAUUUGAAUGUAGGUUUAUAUAAUGAAUAAAGCUUUUUGUAGUAA